AUUUUCCCCCAAAUCCUUACUUCUCUCUCCGAAAUGGCUCCCACAAAUCCUGAAACCUGGACCCAUGGACCCUCCAUUAUCAAAGAGAGUGAACUUCAAGAGAUGGCCGCACUUCUGGGCAAGGGCUUCCGGGUCCACCGUCCCGAUGCCGUUGGGGGGAUCAGUUUAUCUCACAAUCCGAAUCCCCAAAAAUAUAUGGUCAUGCACUACCACUCCGUGGAGAAUGGAUUUAGGUUGCCCCUCCACGGCCUGCUCCGCGACCUCUGCCUCCAUUUCGGAUUUGCUCCGGGUCAAUUGACUUCGAACGCGCACAAGUACAUCGCGUCCUUCAUCUUGCAUUGCUGUGCGCUAGACAAGACCCUGAAACUGGACGAUUUCCUUCUCCUCUUCAGUGUCGGUGGUUUCCCCUUUUACAGUCUAUACCCUCACAACCAUUUUCCCAUUUUUGAGAAGGUCGAGCUCAAGAUCGACAAAUGGUCGCUUAAAUACUUCGUCAUUGAAUUCCCGGCUCACAGCCCCCUCGAUCUGCCAGAGUCCAACCCGGCUGCAAGCUCUUCUGGAGAUCGGCCCCAAGGUGGUUCCACUACCUUAGUUGUGCGCAAUCCGGAUGCUGCUCUGAAUGUUGCUCCUAUCUCUGCCAUCCCCGGGCUUAGGAGGCCCACUCUGUGCCAGAAACGGCCACGGGAAGGUCUCUCCGAUGAUGAUUUCCUUCCCAAGAAGACCAAGGGUGCCGGUACUUCUGUUUCACCCAGCCCCUUGUCCAACUCUUCCGGUUCUCAGAACUCUUCUUCCGCUGCCACUCCCGGAAGUUUAGGGCUAGAGUUACCCAACCCGGGAAGUCUGGAUCAGAAGGCAGAUGAACAUCCAGGCCAGGCGUCACUCACAAAACUUGCGGUGCAACCUCAGCCUGAUGCAAACAAUUCCCCGCCUCAAACUGUAUCUGCCCCCCUAGAACCGGAGGAAAAAGCUGAGGGGCAGAAAGAACCAGAGUCUUCUCUUGCAGCAGAGGAUGAAGUUGAAGUGCUGCUAGAAGCAGAAAUCUCCCACCCAGAGGAUAAUGAGGCUGGAGAGCAGAGAGAUGCUAAAGCUUCUCCAGAAGUGAGGAAAGAGACUGAGGCGCAACAGACUCAGGAGGAGCAGCGAGAGCCGGAAGAACGACAUCCCACUUCUCCUCCCCCGGCUGUCAAUCUCCCCAUCCGGCGCAAGUUCACGCCACGGACUUAUUCCGCUUUCGCAGAGGGUUGGGAAGGCUUCUCCCGCGGUUUGAGAUCCUUGCAAGCUUCCCAUUGGACUAUCCAGGGGUAUCUAGAAAGGAUGCAGGGAUUAGUGCAGGAACGCAUAAUUCCCCAAGCUCGCCCUGAUCUGCUUGCCCUCAAUGCCCUGCACCUCAUGGAACAGGCCCAGCAAUCGCUCCUUACUUUGACUGAGGAGUACCUGGGUGGAGCAUCAGGGAACUUCCGGGCUGUAAUGCUUCUGAGGGAAAGGGAACUAGCUGCCAGGGCCUUGCAACAGAAGGUUGACUCCCUGGAGCAACAAGUCCAGAUCCUGCAAGGGGAGAAUGCUCGGCUCCAAGAAGAUGGCUCCACGGAGCUUGCAGCUGAGAGAUCCAAGGUCCAGUCCCUGCAAGAUCAGAUUGCUAAUUACCACAAGGAGACCCAAGAUCUGGAAGUGCAGUUUGGUAGAUUCCAGGCACAAAUCUCCCUCCUGGAAUCAAGGGUCUCGGCUUCAGAAGACCAGGUAGGAAGUUUGAAAGCUGAGCUGGUUGAGAGGGAAUCCCGGAUCUCUGAGCUAGAGAAUUCCCUCCAAGAGGCCAAGUAUGAGGGUUCACGCCUUAACGAGCUUUCACUGAAGCACAUGGAGGCGAGACGGCUUGACCUCGAGAAGUUGAAGGGAGAGAGGCAGGCCGCAAGUGAGCUCCGGGCAAAGGUGGAUGAACAAGAGAAGAUGAUCGCUGCUCAUCAAGAGGAGGUGGCCACCCUGAUUGCCCGUGCCAAAGCCCUCUACGAAGAGGGACAAUUUGACAUGCAGCAAUGCAUCUACGGGGCAGUCCAGAGUGGUCUCCCAGAAAACCGCACUUUGGAUGAAUUCAUCUCCUACUAUGGGCAAUUAGCUGCCGGUCCAUCACUUUCUGACUUCUUCGUCAUGGCAAAUAAGUCUGAGGGCAAAGUCGUCAUCGACUUAACCCUCUCUGAGACGUCGUCCUCAGAUGAUGAUUCCUCCAUCUCUCCAGCCCAAUCCAACGACAUGGCCGGUUUAAGUCCCGGCGAAUUCUUGAGACUUUAUCCGGUGCCUCGCCUUCCUGCUCCAUUCCCUCCAAGCCCACCUAGGCUUCCCUCCGGGGAGAUAGACUGGGACUCUAUGACCCUCCAAGACUUUGCCUUGUACCAGAGGAUGUGCAGGAAUAAACUUGGACGUUCUCCGCCAACUGUUGAGGCGGAACCUUCAUGUGAGAGCCGGACUACUUCUCCAAACCUGCUGAAGCCCCGCAGCAGCGGUUCUUCAUUGAAGGAAGCAGCCCCUCGUCCUGGGACAUGGGAAGAUUAUGACAUAGGGGAAACCACUGAUUCAUCAACGUGUCCCUUGUCAAAGAGAAGGAGCCCAUGGAAGGGUCCCCCACCUCCCUCUUGUUGACUGCAUGGAUGCAAUAGGCCCUUCUUCACUUCCUAAUCUCCUGCAGAUCAAAUUUCUUUUCCUUGUUUUGUAUCAAGGGGCAUUCACUUGCUUGGUCCAGAGGUUUUCCCCUCAUCCCAAACUAAGGAAUGUUCCUUAAUUUUGAAGUAGGGAUCACCGUUGUAAUUCAAAGAUAUACCCCCCGAAUUAGCAACCAAUGAACUCCCUUAAUUUCU